AUGUCGAAGGCGAAAGCGGCCAUCUCCGGCGAUGAUGCUCUCGCUUCUCUCACAAGAGAUCCGUUGGACGUCGUUGGCCAGGACCUGUCGUCCCUGCGGCACAAUAUAGCAGCUCUAUUGGGAAGUGGACAUCCUUCUCUUGACAAGAUUGCGAAGUACUAUUUCGCUGCAGAGGGCAAGCAUGUGCGUCCGAUGAUCGUGCUGCUUAUGUCGAAGGCGACGAAUGGCCUUUCGCCCGCGUGGCAAGCGCACCGCGUCGCGGCUGUUGGUGAGCAUGUCGACUUGGCAAUGAGUCGUCCUGAUGUUUUGAACGAUGCCAACCCAAGUGCAACGAAUCCCCAUAUCCCGCAGGCCGCUGAAGCAAGUACCCAUCCGUAUGAGCCGGCACUGCAGUCGACGAUUCUUCCGACGCAACAGCGUCUCGCAGAAAUCACGGAAAUGAUCCACGUGGCGUCUCUUUUGCACGACGAUGUAAUUGAUGCUUCUCCCUUGCGUCGUGGUGCGCCAUCAGCGCCUUCGACGUUUGGGAACAAACUCAGCAUUCUGGGUGGCGAUUUUUUGCUUGGCCGCGCGUCUAUUGCCCUAGCUCGCCUGCGGGACCCCGAGGUCACAGAACUCAUGUCGACGGUGAUUGCGAAUCUUGUGGAAGGCGAGGUCAUGCAGCUCAAAGCCACAGAUUCAGAGCAAGUGCCCGUUACAGACGUGCAGUCGGCGCGUCCUUCCAACGAGGUGAUGGAGCGGUUUUGGUUCGCAUAUGAUCAAGGGUCAUCGUCGGCGAUGAGCACGCCAGGAGCGCCGAACGCUCUACUUUUCGAGUUUUACUUGCAAAAAACAUAUCUCAAAACUGCCUCGCUUAUCGCUAAAUCUGCUCGGUCAGCUACGGUCCUGGGCGGCUGCGGUACAUGGUCGAAUCAACAGAGUGACAUGACGCCACAGCAAAGGGCCGAUGCUGCCACUGUAUGUGAUGCUGCCUAUACGUUUGGACGCAAUGUUGGGAUUGCAUUCCAGCUCGUGGACGACAUGCUAGACUUCCAUGCGACGACCGAGGCAUUUGGUAAGCCGUCCGGUGGGGCUGAUCUCAAGCUGGGUCUUGCGACGGCGCCUGUAUUGUAUGCUUGGCAGCAGUACCCGGACUCCCCGCUCGGCACGAUGGUGCAACGUCGCUUUAGUGAGCCCGGUGAUGUUGAGCAAGCGCUCUCGCUCGUACACAAGUCUGAAGGGAUGCAACGGACGGCGGCCCUCGCCCGAUACCACGCAGACGUUGCUCAGCACGCGUUAUCGAUGCUGCCGCCCAGCGAUGCGCGUGCGGCUCUGGAAACACUGAAUCAACAGAUCAUCACACGUGCGAAGUAG